GGGUCUUAACAUAUGUAGGCGCUGUUUUGUUCUGAACUGCAAAUUUCAUAUCGAUUGUUUAUCUAACGUUUGUUUACAAUUUUACUAGCUAGCCAUCAUAUGGCUUCCACUUUACUAUCACCGAUGGUAGAUUAUUACAAUGAUGAAGAAGAACUUGAUAGUGAGGACGAUGAUCGAAGCGUCAGGGGAAGAGACUCGGAAGAAGGUAACGUUAGCUAGCUCGUUUACGAACGUCGUUACACUUGUUGUUAGAUUUGCUAAGGAACAUUAACGUUAGAUAGUUAAAAUAUUAUAUUAAAACAGUGAAACACUUGUCGAAGGAACUCAUCCCCAUUGAAUUGUAAAGUCAGUACGUUUGAGCUAACGUUAGCUUUGGCAACGGUAUCGUAACGAUAGCUACCUAACGUUAGCUAAAUCAACAACAACAACACAGGCUUCCGAUUCGUGGGGGAUCGGUCACCACGACGAGUGAACCAGAAUCAGGCAGGAUUUACAGGAGACGUUGAAUAUGGCGAUUCAGGAGAAUCGCCAUAUUCAACAACUCCUUUGUAAGGCCAUAUUCUACCAGGUUCACACGAGGAGUAACGUUACUAGCUAGCUGGCAAGUAAGCUACCUGUCAGUGUUGUAGAACUAGAGGGGGGAGGAGUUCGUCUUUUUCAACUUUCAUGGUUUGCAUCCAAGCCUGGCUGUAAUCUUCUAAUGAGUUAACGUUACAGCAAACCGUGUUCUGGUCUGGUGGUGGACAUCUUGGUAUCCCCAUGCAUUGGAGUCUCAAUUCUGCCAUCUCGAUCAUUUUAAAAGUUAAAAUAUUAGUACUAAAGUUAGGAACAAUUCCAGGCAGGCAGUCAUUCUCAGUAACGUUAGAACAUUGACAGGUGGCGAGAAACGCUCAACAUUUGCUUUGCCACCAUUGAGUGGCCCGUUCUGACACGGUCUUGGUGUGAAGUAUAAGAAACGUGUUUAUUUGACCUCUUUAAUUGUCCUUGCAUAUCGAUGAAGGUGGUUGGGAUAGUUAGAUUUUGAGGCCCGGUCAAGCGCUGGGGCUCAUUCACAUUUUCAGCAAUGACGCUAUCCAAUGUUAACUGACUUUAAUGGAGAGUUGUUUUAUCAAAGGUAAGGUCAUCCAUUUAAACUAUGUCUAGCUAGAGUAACUACUAGUAGCUAUAUAUCUAAAGUUACCGUACCAUCAGCUGACAGGUAACUGGCAAAACCUUUGCGCUGGCAAGCUCAGUAGCUAGCGAACUAACGUUAGCUAGUUGACUAGCGAGUUAGGUCAGGGUAGCUCGCAAGUUAGGUAGGUGAUGUCACGUAACGUUCGGCAAAAUUAUGAUUUUAUCUCGUGAGCUACCUAGUUAGCUAACUAAGAAACCCACUUCAUUAGCUAGCUAGACAAGUAUUUUGAUUGAGUCGUUGCUAAGCUAGCUAACGUUAGCUUGCCACAUCGCACGACACUUCUGGAACUUGGCUGCAUCAGCUACGCAUUAGCAACGGUGCUAGCAAGUCAACAUGCGGCAAACGAGAAUUAGCUGGCUGGUCAAAUGAGAAACGACUGAUUACUAGAGUCGAUGGCUUUCUGCCGUCGUACAUUUCUUUCUGCAACGUUUCAAAGCGAACUUCGAUACAAACGAGCCAGCCUGUUCGCUGAAUGUCAAGCUUGCUAGUUUUACCACUUUCCUUGUGACCGUAGCCUGCUAAAGUAGGUAGCUAACUACCUAGUUUAUCCUACGACAUAAACUAACGUUGCUACCUAAGCUAUAUUUGAAUUUAUGAGUGGGGGAAAACCUGUUCCUUUAUAUCAGCCUCCCCAGCUCGUUUUUCGGUGUUUUGGUAUACGUUUAUAUAAGUUUAAACAUUAAUGGCUGGUAACAAUCAUGGGUGAUGCAAAUAAAGGUAACUUUACUGAUUGCAUAUGUUUUUAUUAGUUUAACGUUACUACUAUUUCCUGGCUUUUUUUUAAAUGGACGACAGCUUGUAAUAAAAGUAUUAAUAUCAUUGACUUGGGAAUGGGAUUGACCAACAUGUUCUGAAAAUGUAGUCUUGGCAUGCCAUAUGAAUUUGCCUAAUUUGGUACCUUAAACCUACGGUGUAUAGCUAGUAUACUCUGUAAUAACUGACUUUAGCCUCUUUUUGCCCCUUUUCAGACACUGAAGACGCCAGUGAAACUGACCUAGCAAAGCACGACGAGGAUGACUAUGUGGAAAUUAAAGAACAGUGAGUUUUCCCCCAAAUGCAUGGUUACACUGGAUAGAGUAAUCGGGGCUCUGCGACCCUGUUCCUUGAGAGCUACCGUCCUGUAGGUUUUCACUUCAACUGUAAUCUAGCGCACUUUAUUCUAAUAAUUAGCUGGUUGAUAAGCUGAAUCAGGUUAGUUACAACUGGGGUUGGAGCGAAAACCUACAGCAACAGGGUUGGAGAGCCCCGGAAUAGAUGAGGACAUGGACCAAAUGGGGAUGUUCAAAAUGUAGCCUGAUCUUGAAGGACUAAACGUACAGAUACAGUAGUUGGUUGUGAUAGUCAUGUUUGUUUUGUUGCAGGAUGUACCAAGACAAGUUGGCAUCAUUGAAAAGGCAGUUGACGCAACUCCAAGAAGGUAGUGUCACUGUUUCUAAUUAUCCUCACUGCAUUUAUUAAUUAAACCAACUCCGUGGCCUUGUGAUUAGUGUCCGCCCUGAGGUUGGGAGUUUGAGCCCCAGUUGAGUCAUACCCAAGACUGUAAAAAUGGGACCCGAUGCAUCUCUGCUUGGCACUCAGUGUUAAGGAGAUAGACUAGUAUCCUGUCCAGGGGGUAUACUUGUACAUCAAGCUGCCUCACUCUACAGAAACAGGAAAUGGGCUCCUGCUCCUAUGAGCUGUUCUGGCUUGUGCAAGGCUACUUUAUUUAUGAAUUUGCCCUAUCCUAUAAUCUAUUCAUCAUCCUCACUUCAUUAACAAUCUAUUUGAUUAGCAAUGUCAUAAAUCCCUCAACAUGCUGAAGUAGCAGCUUAGCAGACCUUUAUCAUUUGACACAACUGUUAAGAUGACACCUCAGAGGUAGUUGUUCCUUGCAAAAAUUGGAUGAAUAUGUUUGGCGUUACAUGCUGUUUUCUCAUCCCUGCAGGAACACUUCAGGAGUACCAGAAGAGAAUGAAGAAGCUGGACCAGCAAUACAAAGAGAGACUUCGCAAUGCUGGUAGGAUCACUGUGCACUGUUGUUGAACUAGAUGGGUGUUUCAGUAGUUUUCCAUGUGUGGAGGCCACAUUUCUUUAUAAUUUGUUCUUGAACUCACCCAAGGUUGUGUAGGUUUUGUGACGCAAGUCAAUGUGACAGACAGGGAUUAACUGACGUUUCUGUUGUGUUGUCUGUUUCCUAUAGAUCUCUUCCUCCAACUCGAGGUAAGACAUGUUUGAUAUUAUUACCUAACAUUGUAAUUCCAUUGAAUCAUUCGCCUGCCAUGUCCUUUUGACACAGUGAACAUCCCCGGGCCUCUCCUCCCGUUCUCUUACCUCUCUCUUUUUUUCUUUCUGUCUUUCAGAAAGAACAGGUGGAGAGGAACCACAUCAAAGAGAAGAAAGCGGCGGUGAAGGAGUUUGACGAUAAGAAGGUUGAGCUGAAGGAAAACUUAAUUGCCGAGCUGGAGGAGAAGAAGAAGAUGAUAGAGAAUGAGAAAUUAACAAUGGAGUUGACUGGCGGUAGGGGAAUCACUGAGAAAAAACCUUGCUGAGGAAGAAGACUAUGUAGGAUCAUUUAUUUCUCCUCUGUCAGUGCAGUGGAAGUGUUUUAGAGAUGAGAGGGAAAGCUUUUAAGCCCAUCUUAGAUCUCACAACCUUGGUAUUAACAUGGGUGCCAAUUAAAACGUCUUAGUCUUAGAUGCAUUGUGUUCUCUCCCUCUUACUCAAAAUUUGCAGAUUUCAUGCUAAUCACUCAGUUGAAGAUCUUGUUAGUGCAGUAAUGUUAUUAUAACCUGUAAGGUAAUAAUGACACUACAUUACAUAUAUUAUAGUUAUCAAUAUACUGAUAUACAUUUUAUCUGUCUGUUUUAGUUAUUCCCUUAUGGGUGUCAGCUGCAGUGAGAUCAUGGUUUGUUUCCCUGUGUAGAUUCUAUGGAGGUGAAACCCAUCAUGACCCGGAAGUUGAGGAGGAGGCCCAACGAUCCAGUCCCCAUUCCAGACAAACGGAGGAAACCUGCACCUGAUAUCCUUUACUACUUUCUGCUUGUUUAUAUAAGGGUUGACCCGAGCUAUGCACUGUGCAGAAUCCAUCGGUCUUCAAUAACAAUUUUUCUAAUUUGCACAGAUGGUAUAACAGAUACUGUUACUUAUUUAAAGAAUGCCAUUUCGGGUAUCUGGGUACAAAUUAUGAUUUUUAUUAAAUGAGUUGUCCUUAACUAGGCACACCUCAGUUAAACUAUUUGCUAACAGACGAACAGAUCAUGGAAGAUCUGCGAACACUGAACAAGCAGCUGAAGUCCCCCAAGCGUCCAGGUAUACUACUUUUAUGAUUGUUUUGUUUGUUAGUCUAAAGCACUAUUAAGCUAAAAUAAGAAAGUACAACAAGUUAAAGGAUUUUAGUUCAGAAAAUAUUGUAGUCAUUAGAUACCAUUGUUAAAUAUAAAGACCUGCCCAGGCCACGUUAUAGUAAGUUAACUAUUUACACUGAAAUGACUAGACUGAUUUUUGUUUUUCCUCAUGCCAUGUUUUCUCCUCCAGUGUCUCCGUCGUCUCCAGACCAUAUGCCCACCACUCCAAUGGAGGCCCCUUCACAGCGCUAUGAGGCCCGCAUCGAAGAAGGAAAGCUCUACUAUGACAAGAGAUGGUACAUACAGUGCAUUCGGAAAGUAUUCAGACCCCUUGACUUUUUCCACAUUUUGUUACGUUAUAGCUUUAUUCUAAAAUGGAUUAAAUUCCCCCCCCCCUCCUCAAUCUACACAUGAUACCCCACAAUGACAAAGCAGAAACAGGUCUAGAAAUUUUGGCAAAUUUAUAAAAAAAUUAAAAACGGCUAUAUCACUUAUUUACAUAAGUAUUCAGUACUUACUCAGUACUUUGUUGAAGCACCUUUGACAGUGAUUACACCCUCAGGUGUUCUUGGGUAUGUCGUUACAAGCUUGACACACUUGUAUUUGGGGGGUUUUUCCCAUUCUUCUCUGAAGCGCCUCAAGCUCUGUCAGGUUGGAUGGGGAGCGUCGCUGCGACGCUAUUUUCAGGUCUCUCCAGAGAUGUUCGAUCGGGUUCAAGUCUGGGCUCUGGCUGGGCCACUCAAGGACAUUCAGAGACUUGUCCCGAUGCCACUCCGGUGUUGUCUUGACUGUGUGCUUAGGGUCGUUGUCCUGUUGGAAGAUGAACCUUCGCCCCAGUCUGAGGUCCUGUGCACUCUGGAGCAGGUUUUCAUUAAGGAUCUCUCUGUACUUCGCUCUGUUAAUCUUUCCCUUGAUCCUGACUAGUCUCCCAGUCCCUGCCGCUGAAAAACAUCCCCACAGCAUGAUGCUGCCACCACCAUGCUUCACCGUAGGGAUGGUACCAGGUUUCCUCCAGACGUGAUGCUUGGCAUUCAGGCCAAAGAGUUCAAUCUUUGUUUCAUCAGACCAGAGAAUCUUGUUUCUCAUGGUCUGGGAGUCCUUUAGGUGCCUUUUGGCAAACUCCAAGCGGGCUGUCAUGUGCCUUUUACUGAGGAGUGGCUUCCGUCUGGCCACUACCAUAAAGGCCUGAUUGGUUGAGUUCUGCAGAGAUGGUUGUCCUUCUGGAAGGUUCUCCCAUCUCCACAGAGGAACUCUGGAGCUCUUUCAGAUUGACCAUCGAGUUCUUGGUCACCUCCCUGACCAAGGCCCUUCUCCCCCGAUUGCUCAGUUUGGCCAGGCGGCCAGCUCUAGGAAGAGUCUUGGUGUUUCCAAACUUCUUCCAUUUUAAGAAUGAUGGAGGCCACUGUGUUCUUGGGGACCUUCAAUGCUGCAGACACAAUCCUGUCUCGGAGUUCUACGUACAAUUCCUUCGACCUCAUGGCAAGGGCUGGGCGAUAUACCGUAUUUUACGUAAUACCGGUAUUGAUGCACAGACCGGUUUGGGUUUUUACUUUACCUUCUAUAACAAUAUUUGAAUGUUUGAUUUGUUAAAUGUGAUACGCCGUGUGUAACGUAAUUUUGUUUGUUUGUUUACUCCGCAACUUGAGUCAUCUCUCUCCGCUCUCUCUCUCUCUCUCUCUCCAUGCGGCUUUCCACACAGACCUAGCCCCGCCCCCUGUCACUCAAGGAGGAAGUUUGUUGUUCCUUGACCAAGACACUUACGUUUAGCCUGCAUAGUAAAUUCAGCAUGUGACAAUGUUGUUUUCACUUUGAUUCUUAAUAUAAAUCCACUAGCGUUCUAUAAUUACACUAGUAGUUUGUUUCUUACAUCUGCAAACGACUAGUUUGCCUUUUCUUAGUAAGUUGGGCCUGAAUCGUGUUAACCGCUAAUUCUAAUCACUAGUUAGCUGGCUAGCUAGCUAAUAAAUGUACUGAGUCAGAGCAAACGUAACUAGCUAUACAGCCUGAUAAUACCCGUGAUGGUGUAGACCUAAAUCAGUAUGUUUGCAUGAAGCAUGAAUUGUUAGCUACAUGAAGUUGCUAAGAGAGAACAUCAAAUAUAGCCAACGAUUAUAGGGUCCCCUAGGAAACACUUAUUCAAACUUUGGUUUCCUACCCUGUCACAAUAACUCCUCCUGGCAUGUCAAACAACACGGUAUUCAAAGUGCCCACUAUUCUAUUCUAACUGUAGAAUUAGAAUACUCAUUCUAUUUCCAUGAUUCCAACAGUUCACCCAAGUGUUUUGCUCUAAAUCGCAAUUGCAACAUUUGGUUAAAAGUAAGGCCUAGGUUGUUUGCCAAUAUCGUGCAGCCCUACGUGGCAGUGCGGAAAUGACCUCAAAUUAGUGCAGGAAAUGCAGAAAUUGAUAAAUGCUGAAAUUUUAUUUUUGGUUGAAUUGAACAGAAUUCACUUAGUGUUUGCCGCUGUAGGGUCACGUACUACUCAUGAAUCAAAUUGAGAACUUUUAUUAUUCACAAACAUAAAAUACUGUCAUUUACCGUCAUAAUGUAAAAAAUUAAUAUGAAAUACCGUGAUACGAUAUUUUGCCAAUAUCGCCCAGCCCUACUCAUGGCUUGGUUUUUGCUCUGACAAGCACUGUCAACUGUGGGACCUUGUAUAGACAGGUGUGUGCCUUUCCAUAUCAUGUCCAAUCAAUUGAAUUUACAACAGGUGGACUCAAUGAAGUUGUAGAAACAUCUCAAGGAUGAUCAAUGGAAACAGGAUGCACCUGAGCUCAAUUUUGACUCUCAUGGCAAAGGGUCUGAAUAGUAAGGUAUUUCUGUUUUUUAUUUUUAAGAAAUGUGCAAAAAUGUAUUUAAAAAAAAAAAACUGUUUUCGCUUUAGUGUGUAGAUUGAGAAAUUAAUUUAAUCAAUUUUAUAAUAAGGCUCUAACAUAACAAAAUGUGGAAAAAGGGAAGGGGUCUGAAUGCACUGUACAUACAUACUGUAAAACUUCAAUUCAUAGCCCGGGAGUUUAUUUGCUUCAAUCACUGAACACAACUGGCGCUUAUUAGAAACAAGCUUCUAUCUGAGCCAGGCGUCUAUUUCCUUAAUGCACACAGCGUUUGCUUAAGUUUGAAUACUCAAUACUACCACACUGUUUGUGACCAGUAUAUACAUUCUAAUAACACAUCUAUUGCAGAUCUGCAAAGACUUGGCUGCCUAUCACACCCCCCCGAUUACGAGCUUCAGCACCAUUCUCUCUCCGUGCGCCUGAUGUGCCUUGUAUCCCCCGUAAUUGCAGCGAAAUGUGUGCUGAUGCCCGGCUAUUAAAAGGGACCGGCGGCUAUCUGAGACUGCGUUUUUAAUGACGUUUUAUGGUACAUGCAUUCAAGGCUUAGCUUGUUCAAUCACAAUCUCUUCUGUUUAUCUUCCUUUUAAUUUGGUUUAUUAGACUAUUUUAAAAAACACAACAAAAAGGUGAUUUUAAUUUAGGGUGACAGUCAAACUUAUUUCCAUUGUGUUCCUUUUGUUCACAGCUGUUGUGGUUUAUCACUGUUUAAUAGACCAAAAAGAUGGGGCAAAACAUGUUAUCUACUAAACUGGUUCAUUAUUAUAGAAUAUUGAGUGUUUUUAAUCCAUGAUGCAGUUGACUUUUGUUAGCCACUAGAUGGCCACACACCCUUAUAAAUCCUCCUUUUUAACAUACUAUAGGAAUUGUUGGCUUUGCUGGCUAUAUUUCUGGCAUGUCUGCAAAUGUUUUUAAAUAAGAUCUGAGUGGUCUUAAAAAUGCAUCUUAGUAUUUUGUAGUAAUGUCAAUAGAAAAAGGUUAUGUCUUACUACCCAAUGAAUUGUGGGAAUGUUAGCUACCUGCCACCAUGGAUUUACAUUACAUUUCACUAUCAUGGGGCUAGAACAUGGCUUUCUGACAAAGGACUGAGUGUUGGCUUUACUCUCCCCUUGGGUGGAGAGUGAGUCUAGCGCUCCCUUCAUAGGACAUCACGCACCAAUGAAUAAUUCCUUUUGAAGAGUGGAAAAUGUGAAAUGUGCUCCUCUGUGAUAUUACUUUCCAUGACUUUCAUGUAGCCUCUGAUUUACAUUUUAGUCAAUUAGCAGAUGCUCUUAUCCAGAGCGACUUACAGUUAGUGAGUGCAUACAUUUUUCAUACUGGCCCCCCGUGGGAAUCGAACCCACAACCCUGGCGUUGCAAGCGCCAUGCUCUACCAACUGAGCUACAGGAGGCUCUGAUAAAUUCUGAAGUGAGAGAGCGGGCUCAGGUGAUAGAACACUAAGUAUUGCUUGCUGCUUUCACAGUCUCACUCUGUUGUUAACCGUGAAACUAUAUUGCUUGCGUGAGGGUACUGGAUAUACCACGGCCAUGGGGAAAUGUACUAUCCACAUCUACGAUUACUGUCUUAUUCGGUCUGUUCCAACUUUCACUGCUCCACUUACCUCAGGGUGACUCUCUCCCCAGACAGAGUAUAUGAUAAUCCAAGAUUACCUGUCUCGUUGUCAUACAGGGGAAGCAGAUUAUCUGUCAGAUUAUCUAUUUAAUGUCACUUUAAAGGUAUUGUGUGCUCAAGUGAUAUUAUUCUACAUAGUGUAUAUACAAUUACAUUCUUACCUGAAUGGACUGAUCCCUGCUCUUACCCCUCAGUCAAUGCCAGCCGAUUAAAUAUUAAAGGAGCUACAUAAAAUAUUUCGACGUUAAUUUAAAUGUCGUGUUUUUUUAAGGACUCUGCUUAGAAAUUUCUACUGACUGCAAGGUAAGAUGAUGAUCAUCCAUUCAUUUCCAGGAUGUGAAGUGUUUUUUAGUGCAAAUGUUUUUUUUGGCUCAUGUAGUUUGUGUUCUUGACCCUGUCAGGUACCAUAAGAGCCAGGCCAUCUACCUGGAGUCAAAGGAGAAUACCAAGAUCAGCUGUGUCAUCAGUUCUGUGGGAACAAACGAGGUGGGUGUCAGACCCUUAUAGCCACAGCUACUAGCCUGGUACAAGAGUGCAUUCAGAAAGUAUGGAUUACAUUGUUUUUCCCCCUCAUCAAUCUACACACAAUACCCCAUAAUGCCAAAGAAAAAACAGUUUUUUUUGAAUUUUUUUGCUAAUGUAUAAACUGAAAGUUACAUUUACAUAAGUAUUCAGACCCUUUUCUAUGAGACUUGAAAUUGAGCUCCGGUGGAUCCUGUUUCCAUUGAUCAUCCUUGAGAUGUUUCUACAACUUGAUUGGGGUCCACCUGUGGUAAAUUCAAUUGAUUGGACAUGAUUUGGAAAGGCACACACAGUUGACAGUGCAUGUCCGAGCAUGAGAAGCUGAUUAAACCGCACGAUCGUAACGCUGGUGCACCUUGUGCUGGGGUCAAUAAAAGGCUACUCUAAAAUGUGCAGUUGUUACACAACACAAUGCCACAGAUGUCUCAAGUUUUGAGGGAGCGUGCUAUUGGCACGCUGACUUCAGGAAUGUCCUCCACAGCUGUUGCCAGAGAAUUGAAUUUAAAUGUCUCUACCAUAACCUGCCUCCAACGUCGUUUUAGAGAAUUUGGCAGUACGUCCAACUGGCCUCACAACCACAGACCACGUGUAACCACGGCAGCUCAGGACCUCCACAUCCAGCUUCUUCACCCGCGGGAUCGUCUGAGACCAGCUACCCGGACAGCUGAUGAAACUGUGGGUUUGCACUUUGCACAACCAAAUAAUUUCUGCACAAACUGUCCAAAUAAUUUCUGCACAAACUGUCAGAAACCGUCUUGGGGAAGCUCAUCUGCGUGCUCGUCGUCCUCACCAGGGUCUUGACCUUACUGCAGUUCGGCAUUGUAACCGACUUCAGUGGGAAAAUGCUCACCUUCGAUGGGCACUGGCAUGCUGGAGAAAUGUACUCUUCACGGUUGAAUCCCGGCAACUUCGCACAGCCGUUGAAGAGGUGGGCCAUUCCACAGGCCUCAAUCAACAGCCUGACCAACUCUAUGCGAAGGAGAUGUCAUGCUGCAUGAGGCAAAUGGUGGGCACACCAGAUACUGAAUGGUUUUCUGAUCCAUGCCCUUACCUUUUUAAGGGAUCUGUGACCAACAUGCAUAUCUGUAUUCCCAGUCAUGUGAAAUCCAUAGAUUAGGGCCUAAUGAAUUUGUAUUUAAAUUGACAGAUUUUCCUUAUGAACUGUAAUGCAGUAAAAUCUUUGAAAUUGUUGCAUGUUGCGUUUUUAUAUUUUUGUUCAGUGUAGUUUGCAAGACCGCACAAACUGAUCUGGUGCCAGCUACAGCUAUGCGUUUUAGCCAUAUGUCUCCUAUAGUUUAGGAAUCAUAGACAGCAUUACUUAUAAUGCUGUGGAUUGUUAGGAAUUGUGGGAUUUUUUUUUUGCUGCCUUUUCAUCCACUGAACUUGUGAUUUCACCUACAGAUGCUCUUUCUUGUUGCUUGGAGAGCUAAUGAGUCAUUUGUUCUGUUUUCCAUUCUCAGAUCUGGGUGAGGAAGACCAGCGACAGCACCAAGAUGAGGAUCUACCUGGGACAGCUACAGAGAGGAGCGUUUGUCAUCCGACGACGGUCAGCGGCAUAGAACACAUGCCUCAUUCUUCUGUUUCUCCGUCUCAUCAGCAUCCUUCUCGUUCUUUUCUCUAAAGUACAUUGCUUCCCUCCUCCUCAUGAUGCUUCCCCACCCUACCGUGUGCCGGAGGAAGUUUUCUCAAUGACUUCCAUUUCAACCAAUCAGGACCACUGGAAGGGUGGCCAUCAUCAAGCACAGGUGGAAGCCAUUUUUUUUCUAGGAGGUUUUUGUUCUAUUGUCAUGAUUCCUGUAGGCUUUGUGUGGAGCUGAAAGGAAUGGAUAGCCCAGGUAUAAGAAAUGUCGGAAUUGCUCCACCAUGCCUUAUGGACUUGGUGGAAUUUUUUCCAUUUUCCUUACACUAUCCAAUCCUCUCAGAUCUACA